UUUCUUUUUAGUGUAAACUCGGCCGUUAAAGAGCUUACUAAAGUAGCUACCAUUGUGCUAUUCACUUUUGUGGUUUUAUGGUAUCCUUGGUUAAGUUCAAUUGACUCAGCUGCAGAAGUAUUCCACCGCCUCUUCCCUCUUGGACGGGGGGUAUUUGAAGACAAAGUCGCCAACGUUUGGUGCAGCAUUAAUAUCGUUUAUAAAUUAAGAAAAUACAUAAGUAAUCACAAAAUGGCAUUAAUUUGUUUUGGAACUACAUUAUUAGCAGCUCUACCUAUUAAUGUGCAUCUCUUUUUCUGGCGAAGUAAAUACACAUUCAUAUUAACUUUAUUUAAUACAGCUGCUGCGUUUUUCUUGUUUUCAUUUCAAGUUCAUGAAAAGUCAAUUUUGCUUGUAGUCCUGCCGUCCUUUUGCCUAAUUUACUGGUGGCCAACGGAAAUGCUAUGGUUUCUUAAAGUUUCCGUUUUCAGUAUGAUUCCACUCCUAAAAAAAGAUAACUUGUUAGUUCCAACAGUGGCUCUAAUGAUUAUUUUCCGUUUCACUUUUAAAAAUUGGGUAACCAAAACUGAUGAUAUUACUAUAUCUAAAAGGUAUUUUAAAAUGUCAAUCGAACAAGUCUCAGAAAUGUUAAUGAUUGCCACUUUGCUAGCGUUUUUAUUAAUAGAACCACCGUAUAGGUUUCCAGACACUUGGCCAUUAAUAAUUUCUAUAAUAAGUUGUGGUCAUAUAUUGAUAUUUCUAAUUUGGGGGUAUACCAAACAGUUAAC